AUAAUGUUCAAAAAAUUAUUCAAAUGUUUAAUUUAUUAUAGAUCUAUCCUUUCAGUAGCAAUUUAUUCAUAUUUUCUGUAUUAUCUAAAGAUUUUAUUCUAUCACAACAUGAUGAACGGAACAAUGUUGGAUCAAGACAUUAACAUGAACAUCAAUGGAUUUCACAAACAUGGAAUGCAAAAGCCGGAAAUAUGCUCGGAGAAAUCUUACAAAAUUUUUAGCUCGGCAGCCGUGGUUUGUAACAAUGGAAUCUGCGCAACCGCGGGAAAGAACAUACUUGCAGAAGGUGGCUCUGUUGUCGAUGCUGCCAUCGCUUCCAUGCUGUGCUUGGGUGUUGUUUCGUUUCAAAGCGCUGGUAUCGGAGGGGGAUUCUACAUGAUUUAUUACGACGCAGAAACAGGAAAAGAUUAUUUUAUCGAUGCCAGAUCUGUUGCCCCACUCGGAGUAAAUCCUGACAUUUACAUCAACGAUUAUGUAGCACGAUAUGGAAGAUCAUCCAUUGGAGUUCCGGGUGAAAUUCGUGGUUACUGGGAGGCGCAUAGAAGAUUUGGAAAACUUCCAUGGUCUCGUUUAUUUGAUCCUGCCAUUGAGCUGGCAGAGAAUGGUUUUCAAAUGACAUUCAGCUGUGAUAAAUGGUUGAAAAUAACAAUGAAAAAAGUACACGAGAAUCUUUAUUUAAGAAAAUUUCUAAAACACCCGAAUGGAGAAUUCAAACAAAAGGGCGACAUUUUUCAUCGCCCUGUAUUCGCAGAAACACUUCGUACCAUUGCAAGAGAAGGUGCGGAAGCUUACUACGAUGGAUCAUUAACGCAAUCAAUUCUACAAGAUAUUCAUGAUGGAUUUGGACUUCCGUCUGCAAUAACAAAAGAUGAUCUGAAACAGUACAAAGUUCGCAUCAGAGAAUCUAUCAAAAUUGACCUCGGCAACGAUUUGACAAUGAUUGCUCCCGGUGCACCAAGUGGAGGACCGAUACUUGCAUUUAUACUUAAAGUUUUGAAAGGUUACAAUUUCACCGCUGAAGACUUAAAAGAAGAUAAAAUUCUAACUUUCCAUCGAAUUAUUGAAACAAUCAAGUUUGCCUAUUGCAAAAGAAAUAAAAUGGGAGAUCCUGAUUUCAACGAUGAAAUUGUUCAGAUUAUCAAUGAAAUGAUGUCAGACAAAUUUUGUGAAAAUGUCAGAGAGAAAAUAGAUGAUUUUCAAACGCAUUCAUCAGAAUAUUAUGGUGAUGUAGAAGUACGAGUUCCGAACGAUCAAGGAACGGCACAUUUAGGAAUUGUUGGUCCAGACGGCAGUGCUGUAGCUAUUACAAGUACAGUUAACCAACCAUUCGGAAGCAACAUUCUCGGAAAACGAACAGGAAUUGUAUUUAAUGAUCAAAUGGUAGAUUUUUCAAGACCUCAUGCUACAGCUAAUGGAAUCCAAGAGUGUAAUAAUUUAAUUGAACCCGUCAAGCGAGGUUUGUCUUCAACAACUCCAACAAUAAUUAUCGACAAAUCAGCUCCUCAAUGUUCAAAGGUGAAGAUGGUGAUCGGUGGGGCUGGGGGAACUCAUAUCAUCAAUGCAACUGCACUGACGAUAAUGCAAAGUUUAUGGUUCAACAAAACUCUCGACGAAGCCGUGAGAUCAAAAAGAUUUCAUCACGGUUGGAUUCCAAAUGUUUUAUUAAUACAGGAAGGAACGGACCAGGAAAUAAUUCAAGGAUUAUUGAAACGUGGACAUGAAGUCGAAGAAGUAGACAGCCACCUAUCUUCGGUUCAAGCAAUAUUAAGAAUAAAUGAGAAGACAAUCGCUGCUAAAUGUGACGAUAGACGAGGAGGAUCUCCCGAUGGAUAUUAACAAAUAUACUUUAACAUGAAUAGUGAUCAUAACGUCGCGCACCAUCAAAAUUUAAAAUAUACAAAAAUCUUGAAAUCAUUCGAUCUCGAUGCAGUUCUCUGAAUCAUCAUGUUAGUAUUCUAAAAAAAUUAGUAUGAGUCAUCUAUUGACGCGUCAUAAUAGAUUGUAAAUUUUACCUUGGUUGGCGACUUCAUAGCGACACUGUACAACUUACCUGAUUGAUUUCUUAGUCAAUAUUUCUAUUAAACAGUGUAUCCAGAACAUUAUAGAAUAACGAUUUCGGCAACAGAAAAAGAAGUUUCGGUGGAACAAAAUUUUGAAGAAAUUUAAAACGAAAAACUUUUAGUGGUAAACCAUUCAAGAAUAACUGGAUACCUAUAACACUUAAAAUAUGUUUUUUUCCGUUUCUGUAUAAAUGCUUUGUAGCAGAAAGGGUCUUUUAUAUAAAGGGUCUGUAUUAAUGCACCCUUUUUUAUUGUAAUAUUAUUUUACAAAUAAACUUUUUUAAAAAA